CGACGCAGGCAGGGCAGGCUCUGCCGCAGAGACUCAUCCUAUCGCUAAGGUCCAGUUAGCCAAGGUGGAGGAUGGGAAAAGAAUGGAGCUGUCCCAGCUCCUCAAUGAGAUCAGGGCAAACUAUGAACAGCUUCUCACCAGAAAUCAGAUAGAGACGGUGCUGUCAACACGGAUGCAGCUAGAGGAAGAUAUAACCAAAAAAAUGGACAAGGAUGAGGAGGCUCUGAAGGCAGCUCAGGCUGAACUCAGGGAGGCCCGCCGCCAGUGCCACCACCUGCAAGUAGAGAUUGAGUCUCUCCACGCUGUGGAAAGGGGCCUUGAAAACUCUCUGCAGGCCAGUGAGCAGCAUUACCAGACGCAGCUGCAGGACCUGGAGUCGGUGAUUGACAGACUAGAAAGGGAGCUGCAGGAAGUGAGGCGCGGCAUCGAGAGGCAGCUUCAAGAGCAUGAGAUGCUUCUCAACACCAAGAUGAGGCUGGAGCAGGAAAUAGCAACGUACCGGCGCCUGCUGGAACAGGAAGAGCUCAGAUAUUAUGGCUGUAUCCAAGGAGAGAAAAAGGAAGAAAAACCUACCAAGAGUAAAGUUGGCUUUCUUCUCCCCUCAGCCAUUAUAAAUGAAAUAUCUUUUUCAACAAAAGUCUUACAAAAGUAUGAGAAUGAUAAUGUGGAGACAAUGACCCAACAGGCAGUAUUAAAUGGAAACACGGUGAAGGAGAGUGCGGAGGCUUGCGGCACCAUUCAGACAGAGAAAGUGGAUGAAGUUAUAAAAGAAUGGGAAGGUUCGUUCUUUAAAGAUAACCCCCGAUUGAGGAAAAAGUCUGUUUCUCUUCGAUUUGAUCUCCAUUUAGCAGCCACUGAUGAAGGCUGUUUACAAAGCAGGCAGGGGAAUCUGCCAGACAUUGAAGUCAGGCUUAUCAUGCGAAGAUCAUGUAGCAUUCCCUCCAUCAAGGCCCCACCAGCAACCAACUAACCCAAAGACAGUACUUGUUUUAUCAGUGACACUAGGAUGGACACCCAGCCCCAAAAGUGAGUUAUUCCAUAUGUAUGGAUAAUGUUAAGAUGUUGUGGGCUGUGGCUCUCUAUAGAGAACACAUAUGGUAAGAAGUAAAGUUGUUAGGACUCCAAAUGUGAGCUUAAUUUUUGGAGAGGGGGUGCUUAAAAAUAAAGCAGAAAUUCGGUGUGGUUUCUGGUUUAUUUAUCAUACAAAUAAUUGUUAUCCUGGAAAGCUUUAUCAGAGACUUGAAGUAUAAGGUGGCUUAGUUAAGUCGGCCAUGUUCCUCAAUAGCUGAACAUCCUCAGGAUAGUGGAUCUUGUCUGGAUACUGAAGAGUUAUACUGAGUUACCCUCCAUGGUUUCAGGACCAAUUGGACCUAAAAUGUUUGUUCUACUUCUAAAAAGACAGCCAUUAGGAACAAAUGUUUAAGGAGGAGACCCAAUAUUCCCUUAGGAUUUUUCCUUUUGAGACAAUCAUUUGAACCCUAGGAAUUAAGUGGUUUAUCUGUGAGCAAUUGUGAAUGAAGUAUAGAGCACACCUCAAGGUUAUUUUGAUGAUUAAAAAAUUGGGGUGCCCUAUAUCUUAAAGUUCUUUUAGAAUCAGUGUCUGAUUUGCAGGAGAGUCACUUUGUUGAAAGGACUGUAAAGGUGGUAUCCUUAUAUACACACACCUGUACAAACAAAACUUAUACAGCAAGUUGAAAAGAUGGUCACUCUAGUGACUAGGACAGUUACCCAACCGCUCCUCAUCUGAACUCUUCCAUCUGUAAAAUGACACAUGAGCAAUGUUGGCUAUGGGCCUUAGAGAAGGUACUCUGUGAAGUAGGAGAAGGAGUUCUUGCAGUCAUUUGUGUGAACUAACAGCAUAGUAUUGCUAGCUGAGCUGAGAGUGUCUGCAGGACUUGUCUUAAAACUGUUCAAACCGUAAUAAACAUAGAUGUAAAAUACGUUUGUGACUAAGUGAUGAGUUGUUGCAAUGAUUAAAAGAAAAAACCUAUUUGUUUAAUGCAGGUAUAUUGAGACCUUAAAUAAUAAAUACCUGUUUUAAGACA